UGGCUUGCCCACAGUCAUAAGCCUGGAAAGUAAUACUUCUGUGAUGGAAGUUCUGGGCUGACAAACCCACUGGCCUUUCCCUCAGUACGAUAGUCUCCACUGGAUGAAUAAUCUUACUCUUUUUUGGUAUAUAGUUGCUCACUGGCAAAAUUCUAUUUAAAGGAAAAUCGUAGUCCCCUCCAAAUAGAAUAACAGAAGACCGUGUUCUGGAACUUACAUAGCAGCCACAGAAUUUUUCACUUUUUUUUUUUCUUUAAACAUUCCCCCUGGAAAGUAGACAGGGCAGGUGUGCUUAUUUGAGUCUUAGGAUAAGAAUUUUGGGAGUGUGGUGAGUAAUGACACAAAGAUGUCUUUGGGUCCUGGUCCUCUUGUCUCUCCGUCCCAAGGGCUGAUAGGGCUGUCAGGAUAGUUUGUAAAAGCCUACACUACUGUCCUCCGAACCUAUCAGCAUUCUGCAGACUCCAGUCCUGACCAGGAGACUGCAGAAGUCUCAACACAUUUCUGCUAUAAGGAAGGCUUGAGCUCCUUAUCCCGAAGCAUCUCUGACCAUCCACUUGGCAAAGACCUGCAAGCCAUGAGGACCGGUCAACGACAGUAAGAGGACGUGAGAGGGUAAAUCCCUGAACCCAGCAGUCUUAUUUCCAACCCUGACGUCCCUGCAAACCAGCCCAAGGGGUAACCAUAAGCGGAUGCCUGUAUGGCUGCCUUACUGAUGCCACGCAGGAACAAAGGCAUGAGGACCAGAUUGGGAUGCCUGUCGCACAAAUCAGACUCCUGCAGUGAUUUCACAGCCAUCCUUCCCGACAAACCCAACCGCGCUCUCAAGAGACUCUCCACAGAAGAAGCAACGAGGUGGGCCGACUCCUUUGAUGUGCUUCUCUCUCAUAAGUAUGGGGUGGCAGCCUUCCGUGCCUUCCUGAAGACAGAAUUCAGCGAGGAGAACCUGGAGUUCUGGCUGGCCUGUGAGGAGUUCAAGAAGACCAGGUCAACUGCAAAAUUAGUCACCAAGGCCCACAGAAUCUUUGAGGAGUUUGUGGAUGUGCAGGCUCCACGGGAGGUAAAUAUCGAUUUCCAGACCCGAGAGGCCACGAGGAAGAACAUGCAAGAGCCAUCCCUGACUUGUUUUGAUCAAGCUCAGGGAAAAGUCCACAGCCUCAUGGAGAAAGACUCUUACCCCAGGUUCCUGAGGUCUAAAAUGUACUUAGACCUGCUGUCCCAAAGCCAGCGGCGGCUCAGCUAGACCUCGGAUGCAGACUCUUGGAAGUCACCGGCUUUCCUUUCCCCUUGCUGCCAAGGCCAUAUUCUAAUGUGAAAUGUCAUAGAUGUCCAAAGGCACUGGGGUUUGGGGUGGAAGGCUGGUGGGUAGGAGUGUCAAGGGAAUGAAGGGCUUUUCCAAAGUAUGACCCAGCUGAUGGAGCUGGGCCUCUCUUCCUUCUACCCAGAUUUGUGUUUUGGUUAGAGGCAGCACUGCUGCUAUCACCCUUCUCUGGGUGGGCCAGUAACUGGCCCUUCAUAAUGCCUUCGGUCAUCUCUAUUGAGAAGGCAGAUUCACUGUGCUGGGCUAAUUUGUAAAUAAUGCAAAUGCAGUUCCCAUCACCGCCACACCACACUUUCUUCACCUUGUCCUUUACCCAAGGGAGGAUUAGCUCGAUGCCUCAAGUUCUCAGCUAUGAUGCACUGUUACAACCCAGUGGCCCAACCUGAGUAACUGGACCUGACCUCACAGUUUAGAGGAGAGGUCUUUUUGGAAUUCUAGCUCCCUAGCACCACUGACAGGUGACCACUGACAAAAGACAUAUUCCUUGGCGUUGACUGUGUGUGUCUUCCAUUUCCACAGGACCAAUAGAGAGUCUGAGGUUCUUUUUCAGUCUAAGGAAUUCACUGAACUUCCUUACGCUUGUAAUUCCAGAAAGGGUCUUGGGAGAUUUCUCCCAUGACUUCUGAGCAGAGCUGUCCUUUUGAAAGAUAGAGUUUGUGAAUCUUCUUCAAUUCUAUUAAGAACUUUUCUAGAAGCUGAGUGGCCAGCGAAUGUAGCAUCAGUAGACUUUUGUGCAAUGAGGCUCUGUAUAACCUGUCUGUUGCCUAAUGUAUUCCAUGUCCUCACCUUCCCAUGGCAUUAUAUAGCACUGAUCUCUUAGGAUGAAAGAUGGCUUGGCAAAGGGAGGUACAUUCCCGUAGCAUGGCAGCUUUCCUAGCACCUAUUGCUUUCCCCAUCUCUCCACCUCCUCCUUCCAAGCAGGGCAUGUAACUAUGAAGGGGGAGACUGGGAACCUAGCCCGAAACUCUCAUUGCAGCUUGCUUCCUGGACAUACUUUCUUAAAGAGGGUCCACGUUUGGCUGUUGAGAAAUAGCUGACUUAGUGGUCUCUAGCCUUUGGGACUGACCUGGGAAGAUCACUGUGAAUACCGGGCUUUGGAAACUCUCCUGCAAUGUUUAUGUGGUACCCUGGAAAUGCACUAGGAUACUCUUUCCUGCAGGAAGUAUGAACAUCAUGGAAUCUCUGAAGCUACCCAGGAGAAAGCUGACCCUGCUAUCUUCUGCAGGGACAGGGAGAUGAAUCUUCAGCAUAGAGAGCAGAAGGCGGAAGACGAAACUGGAAGCUGCUGGUCUCUGGGUGAAUUGAGAAUGUGGUGAAGGCACCACUGUGAUAAUUCACAACCAGUCAACUUGGGCUCAUUGACGAGCCAUAAACUUUCUGCUUGAGUGAAUGAAAUAGUCUGUGGCCAGGCUGCCCUAGAAAGCAGGUGGUGGAAGGCUAGGUGGACACUCUCCUUUUGUGGGGUGCUAGCCCUUCUGAGGUAUCCUAGGGUUUGUAUUCUGGUCUUGAAGAAUCAGUUCCUCCCUUGGUUGUAGCCAGACAAGGCUAAGAAGACCCUCGAGUCCUGCCGUGUUAGUGCCAACUGCCUUCCAAGUGACACACUGUCAUUGUGAGUGGGUGUGAACCUCAAAGAGAGAGAGAACAUCUACUUUCUAGGCCUCACACUGAAGGGACCUGUAGCAGUCACAUUUAAUAAGAACUCUGAAGCUUCAAAUGAUGUUCCUAGUUAGAGCACAUAGAUUUCUCCACCCUGAUACAAAAAUAUUCUUAGCUAAAGCUGCCAGAAUUAAUGUAAUGAUUCAAUUCUCUCACAGGGUAUUUAAAACAUUGUUUACACAUGAAAUGUGCAUCUGCUGCCAAUGCUACUGUCCAAUAUGAGGUGCACAUACACUGGACCUGCAGUGAUGGAAUCGUCAUAGAUGGCCCUUCUCACCAAUGGUACCAUCCCAACGCAAAAUGGCUCCAUGUGUGUGGUGUGGCACCCUCAUUUGGGGCCUAGAGUUCUUGCCAGCUGUUGGUGGGAUGAAGGCUGCAGAUGGUGAAUGCCAUGCACCCUGCUGAUUCCUUUUCACAUAGGCAGUAUGAAGGACCAAGUUUGAGUAGCCUGAAUUUUGUAGCAAGACAAGGACAUGUGAGCUUGCGUCUGUGUCGAGGAGCAGAUAGCUCUGUUUAUGGUACUCCUCAAUGGAAUAUGUGUAUGUAUGUGUGUGUGUGUGUCUGUGUUUGAUUGUGAGUUGUGAGUCUUGGGCAGUACACUGCAGACAUGAUCUUCCCAUGUGAGUAGCUUUCACAUACUCUGUCUCCCCUGCUUCUUCUAGAAGGCACAGAGCUUCUAGCCCUGAUACCUCCUCUUAGGCACUUUGGUCAUGCUAGCCCAGGUUUUGGUCUGUGAUGAGACAGAGAAAUGUUUACAACAUCUAGAGCAAUAUCCAAGCAUACCUCAUCUCCAAGCUUCCAUGUCUCCCAGUCCCCUCCCCUCAUCUCUUCCUCUACGAACCUCAUCUGCCUCACUGGGUCUUCAUCGCGGAUACCUCCAUUUCCAUUUGAUGUCUUCCUUUGCUCCAGUCAUGUGACUGUGCUGCAGACUGAACCCUGACUUGGGCCAGCCCAGGCAGCGGGACACAGUGCUGUGGCUUUACAUCUCCGAGCGGCCUAUUGGUCCCACCGGAGUGUUGACUUCCUUUGGGUCUGGUGUGUGGUUUGCCAUUGCUCUUGUGGACUAACUAGAUCUCAGUCAUUGGCAAUUCGAGUAUUCUGGGUCAAAAGGGGAGUGAUACUCUGAAGUAGUAUUUACUAUUAAGCAUGAGCAUGAAGAAUAGGGAUCACCUUGAAAACCCCUCACAAAUGCUAAUUCCCAGCUUCUACACCCAGAAGAGAUGCUGUUCCUAUAGACCUAGGCAAGGGACCCAUAAAGCAACAUUGAACAAAAGAAAGGAGCUGCUCCUACAUAUGUAAUGGCCUGCAGACAUUGGACAAAGAUGGCCCAAGACAGUGGUUCUUAGCCUCGCUGCUCAGGCUUACCAGGGGGGCACUGAAAAAACCAUCAUCAUCAUCAACAACAACAAAAACCUAACUGUUCAGUUUCUACCAUAGAGUAGCUAAAUCGGAGAGGCUCAGAGGGAGCCAGGUGGCAGUAGUCUUUAAUGUCCUGCUGGUGGUGCCAAUGUGCAGAUGUGGGCAGUAAGCAGCAGCCUAAACGACAAAGAGGAACAGAACUGAGUAAAACAGGCCCGACAGCACACCUGGAUGCCCAAAGCACAAUAACCAGGAUGCCCUGCCCACUCUGCAGCUGACUCUCGUGGUGACUGCCUCGUGCCUCUCAGUCUGGCUGGCUCCUUUGAGGUCAUGCUUGGGUUCAGGCUAAAUGCAGUAGCUGGCAGUAGGCACACCGAGGUCGGGGAACACCAAGAGCACUUGAAGGAGAACUGUUUUCCAUGCUUCCCCAGCCUUUGUCUUUACCACAGCGCUUCCUCCCGGCCUGCAUCAUGGACUCUAUCUCCGUUUGUCUUCAUAUACUCUUGUGUUUGGCCAUUGUGUGUCAGGCUGUGCCUCUGUACCCAAGGUCUCCCAGUAGGGUGGCUGGAACAUAGCUAGGGAGUGAAGACUGUCUUGGUAGUGACAAGCGUGAUACACAACAGCUUCCAAAUUUCUCUGUGGAGGGUGGCCCCUUCCUGGAUCAAAUCUGGGAGGCAUUUCGGGGACUACAGUGCAACACGGACCCCUGCUUCAAGCCCUCACUAGUUUCAUUGACACUGUUGGACAGGCAGCAAGGAAGCUGCCUGCUGGCUCUGCUUUUCCUGGUGCUUCCCCUAGAACUUGCUGCUCUGAGAAACCAAAGCUGUGAACAGGCGAAUGCUCUGCCCAGGUGUCCUGGAUGGUCCACACACCUCGGAAGAUAGAGUAGCUCUUUCUGCUAGAAGGGGAAGGCAUGAGAACCGGGUGAGGGUUGGCAAGGUGGGGGAAGCCUGAGGAGGAAGGGGCAAGGCAGGAGAGACCCCCCAGCUGCCAGCAUGGCAGAGGGAAAGGUGAAGGGGGGCACAUUCAUAGGCAGGAUGGCCUUCUAGCAAGAACCCCAGAACUCUGUUGACCCUACAGAGCAACUGUGGCUUUCUACAGUCUGUCAAGUGUCAGCUUUCCUGAGAUCCAUCCCUUUCCAGUUAAAACAGGAGAGGUGGUACCAGUGCUCCUGGCGCUGGGCGUCUGUGCCACCGUGUCACUUGGCAUGAGACAAGGAAGGAGAAGCCAAGAGGAACGAUGGCUUCCUGUCCCUGUGGCUUCUCAAGGACUCUACGGGAUGUAGUGGGACACUAUGGGAGAUGCCAGGAUGGGACUACAAGUCUCACCAGGUUUUGGGUUUGGGAUCCUCUCAAUAAACUGUUUAUUUCUUGAACUUAACCCCUCUCCUCCUUCCCCUCUGCCAGAUUAGGACAAGGUGAGUAGGCCCCACAUGUGCCCCGACCACAGUAGCCUUAGCUGGUCAUUCACGGAGCACAACGCAGCUCAUCUGCCCUAUAAACCGCUUGGCCGACCAAAUCCUCAUUGAGUUCUUUUCAUUACCAUGUAAAGUGAAAAUCAUUCACCUUUACUAUACACAGGCUAUGAGAACAUAAUAAACAAAACCUGAACAAGCUG